GAGAAACAGUGGAGGGAGAAAGAGAAGGCAGGAAAGAAGGAAAGAAAAAAGGGGUGGGGAAGAGGGGAGGAAGGAGGAAAAGCAACAGCAGCAUUUCUUGGCAGGCGAAUUAUGCAUACACUUAGCAAGCUCUGAGAGAAUGGCUGUGGAAGCUAUCCAUUGCAGUUUAAAUCCAAAUGGUAUUGAUCUCUCCGUCCGCACAGAAGGAAUUAACUUACAGCUUGAAAGCGAGAGAGUGGAAUCGUCCUCCCGUAAGAAGGAAAGCUCUUCUAAGUUGCUUGAGUCAAAAGGAACGCCCAAGCGGCAGCAAGGGGAACCAGAAUUAUCAAAGGCCGUGCAUUGCUUAGGCUCACAGACAAAAAGCUUGAGCGGAUGGGUAUUGCUCAGGAGAGCUUGCGACAGCACAUUCUGCAGCAGGUUCUUCAGCUCAAAGUGCGGGAGGAAGUCCGAAACCUUCAGCUGCUCACGCAAGGAGGAAACCAGGAAGCAGAGUCAAGGAGUAAACCAGAUGUCAGGUUCAAGGAUGCACAAGCAGACCGCAGCACUGGAAUGUGUUGUUGCUCAAGCAAGGCAAAGGAAGCCCUUCCUGCCUAGAAGGUCCCCCGUGGUCAGCCCGCCUCGGCAGAGAAUUCUCCAUAAACGUUACCAGCCUCUGAAGCUGCUGCCCUGGCAGAUGAAAUAAAGUGAACUCUUCCUUCAUGAAAAAUAACAUAAAAAUCACGCAUAAGCAAUGGCACUGCCAAAAGAAGAUGACUCCUGAGAGCUGGAGAAUAAACCGAAAGACAACCCAUCUCAUCAGCGGGAUAAAACCUGAAGAGUCUUGGUUUGCUUAUGGAAUUAAAAUAAUGGCGUAUCACCCAACAAUGCUAACUUUCUCGAGCUAGUCAUUGGUGGACACUUUUAUGCUGGAAAACUGUUUCUGGUACUCAUCACUGUGCUUAAACUACGGGUUCCCAUUAUGGAACUCUCUUUGACCUUCAAAAGUUCUGAGUUUGGGGGUUCUGAUUGUUUGUUUUUUAUGUUUUUUGGCAUGGCAACUACUGGAUUAUAUUAUGUAUGCAGAUGGCAUGAUGUUUAUGGGAUGGGGUGGGCGGGAAACUCCUGCUCUGCACACUCACUGGAAAUGUUCACAAAUAUCCCUACCCCCUGGUAGGAAUGUAGACAUAUAUCCUGUAUGUGUUAAUGAUGCCACUGAAUGGCAUUCCAUCUUACGAUGUCAGCAUUCCAUGUGUGGUCUCAACACAGACGUUCUAGCGGAGUUGGUCUUGUUAUGGGAAACUUUCUGAGAACACAUCUGUUAAAAGUUUCAUGGAUUGUACCUUAAGUGUAGUUCAUGAUUUGCAUACUUUCACCAGUUCUUGUAAGGUUGGUUCUGUAACUUGUCUGGAUGUUCUUAUGGCUAUAUUGACACUUGACUUAGAGAAGUUGUAGAAUGAGAGCAUGUAAGUUUCUUUGUUGCACUAACCUCCCCCAAAAUGACAAGUAAGACAAUACGUCUGUUGUUUUUAUGCAUGUUAAAUAAUAGAGAAAAAGAAAAUAAUAGAGAAAAAGAUUGCUCUCUUGCUGAGAGAACCCCUUGCCUUUGAUGAUGAAGACAGGUCUAACAUUGUAAGAACAGUGGAACAAGCCUGGAAGCAUCCUCAUCACGUUUGGUAUAGUAUAUCCUUUCCUCUUUUAUAAAUAUCCUUACGGAAUUCUAUUUUGAAAUAAAUGUAUUGUUUUCCAGGGCAAACUCUGAAAAGCCUGUACUCAUUUGCAGCAAGAGCUGGCUGUAGAGAGUGCUGAUUGGCUAGUGCAUGUGACAUCAUUAGGAACAUGCCCUUUCUAUCCCUAGAAAUGGAAUGCUUGCUAGUUUUUCAGAGGAAAAAAAAUGGUGAGAAGCUUAUUGUGGCCACUGUUUCAAUGUUACAUCUGUCUUCACAAGUAGAAGCAAUUUGUGUCCAUGGUUGAGAGAAAGAAUACUUGAAAAAAAAUACUGCUUUACUUUUUAUUGUUUUUAUAUAUAUGGAGAAAUUUUACAGUUUAUGUCGUUACAACUUUAGGAAUGAAGACUGCAAUUGUUUGUAGGAUGACAAAAGGUGAGUAACCAAGACCUUUCUAGUCUCUUUGGAGGACUAAAGCUUUCAGUAAAGCAGUGGUUUCCCAACUGUGUUACUAAGCAGUUGGAUCCAAUGACAUAUUCUUCCUUUGGCCAGCUCACCCAUGGGGUUCAAAUUCCGUCAGUCACAUUGUCCCCAAAUCUCUCUUUGGUUAACCGGAUAACCCAUCAGUGGUAGGUUAUAACUGGGAUAGGCUGAAAUCCCAAAGGACUUUGGAAUUUCAAAUGUCUUCAACAGAAUGUUAAGGGGCCAUCCAUUGAACUCCAUGAAGCUAUUGUGUUUUGGAAAAGUACUAUCUUUUUUUCAACAUGUUCAUGUUUUUGCUCUCAAAAUCCUGUCUUACUAGCAAAACUGUUCACUUUCAUUAUAACUGUAGCUGGCUCAAGACUGUUGCAUCCACAAUGAGCUUUGUUCUACAUUGUUCGUUUUCUAGGUUGCCAAAACACAGCAAGCUGUGGCUUAAUUUUCAUCCAUAGAAAAUUCCAAGUGAGUGUUUUCCAUCCAGUUUCUUGCUUUGCUUCCUGCUGGAAACAAAACUCUUUGUAGCGAAAGAUAAUAGUAGCUCCCAUAGGAAACACAAGAAGCUAAUCUUAAUAGAUGCUAAAGCAUGUGAUGGGAACACUACAAUUGAUCUGUCUCUCCCACCUAAUAGACUGUUAUCCUAUCGAGUGGCUUUGAAUACACCUACCCAACAUAUAUGAACUUUCAUAUAAUUCAUAUCUUGGGUCUUGUCAAUGCUACAAGUUGCACUUUAAAUCCCUUUAAGAAACCAGCUGUUCUUUGAUCACACAUGGAUCUUGAACCUCUCCUUUUUUCCCCCUUCUAGUAAUCACUUGCCAUUUACACUGAAAUCGCUUGCCACAGACAGUCCAGAUGCAGCAGUGGCUUGUGGAUUGGUCAGCCUUCACAAAAGAACCCAAGAAAUCCAGCAUUUAUUCUUUUGCUAUAUCAAGAGUCAGCCACAUCAGCACAGCCUUAUGGUGGUAGUAAAAAAUUGCUAUGACUGAUUUGGCUAAUCUGCUUUGAGGGAGAAAUCUAAAUCUAAAUCCAUAUGGAUUUAGAAACCACCAACGUUUUCUUAAUCUGAUUGGGAGGCCCUGAAACUCGGCCUAUAUUUCUGUUAUUAGGCUUCUUCGUUUGUGAUCUUCACACAGAACAUUUAAUAUGUUCUACUACAAUUAGAAAAGAGUCCUUCCAAAUUAAAAGAUUAAGUCCCGAUCCUUUGAGUGUCUGCAGCAUUGUGCGGAAGGUUGUUUUAAAAUGAUUUGCAACCCUGCAGGCAGUUCAUAUGUUGGGGUGCUGUGUAGCCAUUGCAAGCCAACUCAGGCUGUUGUUCUGGUAAAACAAAAUGGCUCAUGAUGACUGAGCUGACAAUCUCUGCUGGAUUAGGGGUAUAAAAACUUUCUAUUGCAUGACAUGAGAGUUCAUUACAAAUGGGCCAGAUGUGUUGUGUGGAAGUAGUUAGGGACUAGGACAACGUGGCUAAACUGGAAUCCUCCAUAGAAAGAAUCCAUUGCUAUUUGUGUUGUGCAAUACAGUCGCUGAUACUAACUCCAGUAAGGGGCUAGGUCAACAAUCAGUGCCUCAGAAAAACCUACUUCUGUGUACCUAGUGAAAUCAACUGGUUUCCUUACGCACUCUCUCAGCACUUUUCUCGUCCACCAGCAACUGCAUUCUAGCAUUAUUAGACUCUCUUUCAUGUCUACACACUCAAUGAAAUAUUUCUACCAGAAAAUAAGAAGAGCUUUGCUGGUCAGACCCAAAGAUCUAUCUAAUUCAGCAUUUGAUUUCCAACUGUGGUCAGCCAGUUGCCUCUGGUAGCUCACAAACAGGCAUGAAGACCCUCGUGUUUGUUUGUCCCCACCAUCGGGACAAUCCUGAUCAGUCCUCUUAUUCCCUCAGGUUUAGAUGGAUUGGUCUCUGAAACCUGUAUGAAAGAAUUAUGUUACAGGCAAAAUUAGGGGGAAGGCAUGUGCAGGAUGCCCCCUUUGUCAUCAGUGUGGCUCUCUUCUGAAUCCUUUCCAGCUUAUCCAGAUCUGUCAUGCCCAUAACGGAACGUAGUCCUCUAGAUGUGGCCUCCCUGAAGUGGUUUUCAUAUUCCGUACCCUGAGGAACUCUUUCCAGAUUGACUUGCCCACCAAGGAUGCCUGCAUGUCUACCAUUAAAUCCUUGGGUGUUGUAGUAAAUUCUGAAACAUAUUCCUGGGUGCAUCUUCUCAGUUCAUGUGGGGAAGUAGCUGGGCCUGUUGGGCCUCAUCAUUGCCCCACGCGUAAGCACACCCAAGAGGGGAAGGUGAAUAGUGGCAGCUAAGCUGUUUUUUGCCACAGGAAAUCAUGUCCACCAUUGUUGAUCUGCUCUGUAACCACCUGAGGAACCCAAAGCACAGUUUGAAGGUACGCCUUUCUCUUAAGCAUCCUCUUCUGUUUCAUGUCGAUUUUGUAUAUUCCAGGUGAUUUCCAUUAACAAAAAGGUAUAUGAAUUAUUAUGUAUUGUUAUAUAGGCUUAGAAUCUAAAUAUAUUCUCAGGUAUUAUCGUCACCCAAAGAUAAGGGUAAACAUUGGGUUACCAAUAUAAACGGCCACCAUGUUGCUGGUAUUUGAGGGGUAUGUAUGCCUCUAAAAACACCCACAAGUCUUUGCCAUACUUCCUUCCAUUCCAUAGUCACCAUUGUUGGCCUGACUGUCAAUAGUGACACCUUGGGACAUAAUCCAGCCAAAAGUACCAUCAGACUUUUGCCUCCAGCUGAGCGAUGCCCUUUUGUUUUAAAUCGACUGGUCUCAUUCUGGUCUUCUAAGAUGACCAUUAGGAAGUAUGUAUCCAUUGCUUGUGUUUUCUGUGAGGUCUCAAGCAAUGUGGAAUUCUUCUGGGAUUUGGUCUGGGCAGAAAUGUCCUUGUUGGCAAUAUUACUAUGAGAUUAAAAUAAA